AUGAUCACAACGUCGAAAAAUCUCUGGCACGUGUGGUCCCUCGCGCUUCUGUGCACGCUCCAAUCCGUCUCGGCCUCGAAUGUCAUUGUGCUAGGAACCGCCGACUUUGAAGCCAAGACGCAGGCGGCCACGGGUGCGACAACUGGAGACUGGCUUGUCGAGUUUUACGCGCCGUGGUGUGGCCAUUGCAAGAAACUCGCGCCCAUUUACGAGCAAGUGGCCGACGAGCUCAAGGGUGAAGUGAACGUGGCCAAAGUGGACGUGACGGAGCACCCCGAGCUCGGCCAGCGCUUUGGGAUCCGCGGCUUCCCGACGAUCCUGCACUUCAGUCACGGCAAGUCGUACAAGUUUGGCAGCCAGCGCACGCUCGACGAGCUCUUGCUAUUUGCUCGCGGAGGAUUCAAGCAAGUGGACGGCCAAGUCGUGGCUGCUGCUCCGGGCUUGAUGGACUUCGCGUCGCAGCAGCUCUUGCAAGUCAAGCAAGACUUUGUCACGCUGCUGGCGACCAAGAAGAACGUGCUGCUUGUCACGUUCUCAGGCGGACUGCUGCUCGGACUACUGCUUGGCUGUCUGUGUGGCUGCUGCACCAGUCGCAAUGGAAAGACUGUCAAGCCCAAGAAGGAGUAA